GCCGCCACUCUCUGGGUGAAGAAGUUUCUCCUCAUCUCUGUCCUAAAAGGUCUACCCCGUAUUUUUAAGCUGUGUUCUCUGGUUCGGCACUCACCCAUCAGCGGAAACAUGUUUCCUGCCUCCAGAGUGUCCAAUCCUUUAAUAAUCUUAUAUGUGUCAAUCAGAUCCCCUCUCAGUUUUCUGAACUCAAGGGUAUACAAGCCCGCCAUUCCAGGAAUUGACCUCGUGAACCUACGCUGCACUCCCUCAAUAGUCAGAUCCACGCUCUCCCUCCAAGAUCAGUCCCACUCCCGGCACCUUCCCCUUCCACCGCAGGAAGUGCAAAACCUGUGCCCACACCUCCCCCGUCACCUUCGUCCAAGGCCCCCAAGGAUCCUUCCAUAUCUGACACAUUAUUUACUUUAACCUCCACCAAUGUCAUCUACUGUAUUCUUUGCAUCCGAUGUGGUCUCCUCUGCAUCGAGGAGAUAGGACACCAACUUGCGGAUCAUUUUAGAGAACACCUCUAGGACACCUGCACCAACCAACCCCACCACCCUGUGGCUGAACACUUCAACUUCCUCUCCUAUUCCACCAAGGCUAUGCAAGUCCUGGGCCUCCUCCAUCACCAAACAUUUACCACCUGAUGUCUGGAGGAAGAACGACUCAUAUUCUGCCUUGAGACCCUGCAACCACACGAGAUCAUUGUGGAUUUCAUCAGUUUCCACAUUUCCCCUCCACCCACAUUAUCCCAAUCCCAAACCUCCAACUCAGUACCACCCUCUUGACCUGUCCAUCAACUUUCCCAUCUAUCCGCCCCACCCUUCUCUCUGACCUAUCACCUUCUUCCCAAUCUUCAUCUACCUAUCCCAUUCUCAGCUACCUUCCCCAUUGCACCACCCCCUCCCAUUUAUCUCUCAGCCUCCAGGCCACAAUCCUGAUGAUGGGCUUAUGCCAGAAACAUUGAUUCUCCUGCUCCUUGGAUGCUGCCUGACCUGCUGUGCUUUUCUAGCACCACACUUUCGACUCUGAUCUCCAACAUCUGCAAUCCUCACUUUCUCCCAGGAGAGAUUUGAAAUCAAAUUCUGGCUCAGAGGAGGAGAAUGUGGAAAUCUAAAUGGGGAAGCAAGACCAGUCGUUCUGAAGAAGAUAGUUUAAUCACUAGGGAAAAUGCUGAUGAAUUUAAGUCAGAGAAAGCCGAAAAAUUGCAAAAAUGUUCACAACAUAAAGAAGACAAGCUUUAUUUUUCUGAUGGACCUGAUGAUUGUAAAGUUACAGAAGUACAAAAAUUAAUGCAAGAUCGAAGGUUCAAGGAAGUGAAUUCUUGGCUUGAUCAGCACAAAGACAGAUACAGUUCGCUGAAGAAACCUAUAGUAAAUAACAUGCAAACAAAUCCAAAACAGCGCACGAUAUUGGAUGUGGACAGUCUUUUGGAAGAAUUGAAAAGCAAUAUUUCAUCAUUUAGUGGGACGUUGCCACCAGAGCAGGAGGAAUUUAUAUUAUUGGUGUAUCGUGUAGUUGAGCUGGAAGAUGACAGGGUGGCUCAGUUGAAAGAGGAACUGGAAACAGACAGCUUAGAAUCUGAAAGAACAAAGGACUGGAAACAACAGUUUACUGAAAUAGUGAAAUUGUUUGUGCAAAAUCAAAUUCCGCUAUUCCUGAAAAAUGGUGCCGAAAAUGAUGUAGAUAAAUAUGUAACAAAGCUGCAGAAGAUUGUGUUAACCAAUAUAUUGUCUCUUUCAAACAAAAAUGAGAUUUUUAAAAUAUUUGCACAAGCUUACCAUGCUUGUAUUUUUCAUCACCUGAAUCAAGUUUUCCAAGCAGAUCUGGACAUCGAAGAUUUAUUCAAUGUUUUAUCCUGGGUCACUCAUAAAUAUAAAAGUGAAGAAUUCAUGGGCCAUCCUGAAAUUAAAGAUAUAACUCUGAAAGCAUCAAUGUUAGAUCCCUUUUUAGAAGCCAGAUGUGUGUAUAGUGCUUCAGAGAAGUUGAUCAGCACAGUACAGUCAGAAAUUAAUGUAAGGCUAUCAAGAAGUCUUAAAAUGGAAGAUGUGACAUGGUCACAGCUGCCAGCUAAAAUCAAACAGGAAAUGAACCAUUUCAUAAAAAAAGCUGAACACAUCAGUGAAGCAAUAGCAUUGAGAAUUAAGAGUGUUUGUGCUGCUCAACUGAUUGAUUUCUUAUUGAGUUAUCCAGAACAUAUCAAGAAGUCCAAAGAUUUAUCCUGCAGAGAAAGAAUGGAGAUUGUAGCAAGUUGCAUUCACUUCAGAUGUUUUCUGACAGAACUAUCACACAAUGAUACUGAUGAUUUUAGAAAAUGUUUGGCUGUACUUAGGAAUGUGCGAACCAAGGAAUGUGAUGAGCUAAUAGAAAAAAUCUUCUACCAUGUCAAGAUUUGCUUCUCAAACCAUUUGAAAAAGGAUUUGGAUUCAAAUAACUUAAAUAAAGCAAGUUCUUUAAUAAUAGACUAUUUUGCUCAAUUUUCUGAUAUGAGCACAACAGGCUUCUACAAGACUUUCGUAGCGAGGGCACAGUUUGUAAUUAUUCAGGAAUACUUAAGAGUCAUUAUAAACAGUUCUCUGAGAUGUACAUCAAAUAACCGGAGUCAGAUAUCUAGAAAAAUUGUUCGGGACUCCAAACAGCUGCAACAGAUCUUUGCAAAUCUGCAGUCUAGUGCCACUUGCCUAAACCAACCUAUCCUAGAUGUGGCUGAAAUCAUUCACAUCAAUGAUAUUAAUGCAUUGAAGACAGAAGUUGCUGCACUUGUUUGUAACUACCCUGAUGUAAGGAAGGAACACAUCAAUGCUAUUCUGGAUAUUAGAGGAAUGAUGACCAGAAAAGAAAGACGGAGCAUCCUCAGACAAGCAAAUGACAUGAUGAAAUUCAACAAUGAUAUUUCAUCAGACAAUCAAUUAUUUCAAGGAAUAAGUGUCUCUAAAUUCCGAUGGAGGAAAAAUCAUUGUUGUAUGUUUUGCUGUAUAGCAUAAUCAGAGAACCAGUGAGAAUAAUAAGUAUUGAUUGACAGCAGUUUAGAAUGAGCUGCACAUUUACUUGUCAGUUGGAUUGACCCUUACGUUGUUAACUGAAUGAUGACAUUUACAUCAGAAAGUGCAAAUAUUUCAGUUUAUACUUUAGACACAAAUUAAUCACCUUUCUAUCUUUUCAAAUAUCAGUCAUGAUUGAUGUCAAGUUUCUGUAAGAAUAUUUGAUUCUUGAACUAGCUAUCACAGGUUGUGACCCUUUGGACAUUUUCAUGUCGUGAGAGCAUGUAGUGUAUUUUGAUAAAAGUAUAGUUGCUGCAAAAAGAUGUAUCCACCUUAAAAAUCGCUUGAAUCAAGGGACAGCAACAAAACAUCUUUACCAGAAGGCACAAUGACGAGGGGAGAAAGCUUAACAAUGUUGUGAUUUUACAGGCAAUGAUCAGAUCCAGUAAAUGUGACAUAUUUCUCAGAGCGCUGAAGCCUUCACGAAAAUUUUAAUUGCAAUUCAUUGAUGUGAUAUUGAUUCAUAUUUGGUAAAUUAUAAUAUUUCCUGUGAAUCGGUAACUGUAAGAACGUGUAAAACUAUUAGUCUUCUGUUAA